AUUGACGUCGAGGAGUCCGAGGGGUGAGGGUGCACGCGCGUCCGCUCGUGGUUUGUGCCGCUGCCCGUUCGUUUCGUUCGGGACUCAGUCACAGCAGUGUCCCACGUCGUCUGUGAGAGUGACGAACUGGCUUUCCCCGUGGAAAGCGGUCCCAAGGGAGAUACGCGUGGCGCACAACAGCAUGCGAGUGUGGACGGAUAUCUUGCAAUGAGACUGGCAGCCGCCGCCAUGACCCGGCCGCCUGCUAUCCUGGUGCUGCUCCUCCUGCUGCUGCCGCUGCCGCCCUCCUCUGCCAGCUUCAUCGUCCACGAGUUCAGCGAUGAGUUCGCCACGGAACGCUUCAACCACAUGGUCGUGGACGAGAACAAGGGCCGCGUGUACGUGGGCGCCGUGAACCGACUCUACCAGCUCAGUCCCGACCUCGACCUCAUGAUCGCCGUCAAGACCGGACCCGAAGACGACGACCCCGAGUGUUCACCGGCCAAAGAGUGUCCGGCCAACGUGGUGAAGCGGCCGACGGACAACGUGAACAAGGCUCUGGUAAUUGACCGUUCUCACGGCACGCUGAUCGUGUGCGGCUCGCUGUUCCAGGGCCGCUGUCAGGUGCGCAACCUCCACAACAUCAGCACAGUAGAGAGCGAGGCUGAGGAGGCCGUGGUGGCCAACAACGAGACGGCCUCGACGGUGGCGUUCAUCGCGCCCGGGCCGCCCAACCCGCCGCAGACGCACGUCCUCUACGUGGGGGUCACCUACACCGGCGGCACCCGCGCGCCCUAUCGUAACGAGGUGCCGGCCGUGGCCAGUCGCUCGCUGGACCCGCAGCGCAUGUUCAGCAUCUCUGAACUGGCCGUCACCACCGGCACCCGCAUGUCCAUCAACUCGCUGGCCCGGGAGCGCUACUACAUCAACUACGUGUACGGCUUCGGCUCGGAGGGCUUCAGCUACUUCCUGACCACGCAGAUGGAGCGGAGCAACGAGGUGACGCCGUACAUCUCGAAGCUGGUGCGCGUGUGUCAGGACGACCCGCACUACUACUCCUACACGGAGAUCCCGAUCGAGUGUAUUGACCCUGCCGGCAUCCGCUACAACCUGGCGCAGGCGGCCUACGUGGGGCCGGCCGGACCGAACCUGGCCAGCCGGCUGCGCAUCCGACCGGACGCCGACGUCCUCUACGCCGUGUUCGCCGCCAGUGAGAAACGUGACGGAGAGAGCUCCAACAAACCCACGCGAAACUCGGCACUGUGUGUGUACUCGCUCAAAGAUAUCCGCCGAAAGUUUACACAAAACAUAAUCGAGUGUUAUAACGGCAGUGCGGACCGUGGCUUGGAGUUCAUCUCUCCUGGAAAGAAGUGCGUCUCUACGAAAUUCGAGCUGCUGGAGACUGUGGGCGAGGACUUUUGCGGCAUGGACGUGAACACGCCGAUCGGCGGCAACAUGCCGGUGCAGUCGGUGGCCGUGCUGACCACGGACACGCUUCUCACCUCUGUGGCCGCCACCACCACCGGCGACUUCACCGUCGUCUUCGCCGGCACCGACACCGGACACGUCAAAAAGAUCGUGGUGGAGCCCUUGUCGGAUGUCAUCGUGGGCACAGAGUAUGCCGACCUGACGGUCCGUCAGGGCAGCAAAGUGCAGGCCGACCUCCGGCUCGACCCGCCCAAGCAGCACCUCUACGUCAUGACUGAAAAGAAGGUUUCCAAGGUGAAGGUGCAGGAGUGUCACCUGUACAGGACAUGCGGGGAAUGUCUGGGCGCCAAGGACCCCUACUGCGGCUGGUGCUCGCUGGAGAACAAGUGCAGCGUUCGCUCGCGGUGCCAGGACGCCGACAAGGACGUACUCUACUGGAUCAACUACAAGUCGGACCGGUGUACGACGAUCGAGUCUGUGAAUCCUCACCAGCUGCAGGCUACCACUGCGCGAACGCUGACGCUGACCAUCAACAACCUGCCGAAGCUGCAGCAGUCGGGCAGCUUCCUGUGCGCCUUCACGCUGAUGGGCAGGACGCUCAUCACCAACGCCACUCAGACGGGGCAGGACACACUGACCUGCGGGACCCCGCGCACCGACCUGCUGCCGCCCAUACCCUCCGGACAGCACUUCAUCCAGGCGAAGCUCUCUGUGCGCAUGACCUCGGGACCGGACUUUGUGGCUACGGACUUUGGCUUCUACAACUGUCACCGUUACCAGCACUGCAGCCAGUGUGUGAGCUCUCCGUUCCCGUGCGACUGGUGCGUCGACGGACACCGGUGUACGCACGACACAGCGGAGAACUGCCGCAACGACAUCCUCGUCACCGGACUGAAGCGAGUGGGACCCAGCAUUCGGAGCGGCCCCAGCUUCUGCCCAAAGAUCAACGCGACUACCGAUGGCGACACCGAGAUCCUGGUGCCCUCGGGCAGCAAGAAGGCCAUCAAGGUCAAGGUCGAAAACAUCGUGCGCCUGAUCGCCUCCGGUCAGCUGGUCUGCCAGUUCAACAUCGAGGGCCGCGUGGCCUCAAAGAAGGCCCACCUGCUGGGCAGCGACAUCGUCUGUGACGACAUGACGUUUUCGUACAGCGCCAAGCGGCCCAACACGACCGCUGCCUUCGCUGUGAUCUGGGGCGGCAGCAGACCGCUGGACAACCCGCAGAAUGUCCGAGUUCUGGUAUAUCGGUGCUCUGAGAUGGCCGACAACUGCGGCGAGUGUCUGGCGCUCGACUCCAAGUUCAACUGCGGCUGGUGCCAAACCAGCGGCCAGUGUGAGGUCAGGGAGGCGUGUGCGGCCCCCAGCUGGCUGGACCGCCACCAGCCGUGCCCCGACCCACAGAUUCACGACUUCAGACCCAAGUCGGGGCCGUUCGAGGGAGGCACCAACAUCACCAUUACGGGCAUCAACCUGGGCAAGACGUUCAGCGACAUCUACGACCAAGUGACAGUGGCCGGCGUGCCUUGCAAGCCCAUCCAGGAGCUGUACGUGCGGACCCGACAGAUCGUCUGCGAGGUGGACGGACCCGGGACCUAUGACCCCCCUCUGAGCGGCCCCGUGUUGGUCCGUCUGGCCACCUACCAGGCUCGCUCCGAGCGCGACUACCGCUUCGUGAACCCGCACAUCGAGAGCAUCGAGCCGACGCUGGGCCCGCGCUCGGGCGGCACGCGGCUCUCCAUCCGCGGCCGGCACAUGAACGCCGGGCUGGCGAUCCGCGCGCAGAUCAACGACCUGCCGUGCCGCGUGGUCAGCACCACGGAGACGGAGGCGGUGUGCAUCACAUCCGAGGCGCCGUACGCGGCCGAGGGCGGCAUCCUCACCAUGACCUUCGACCGGUCGCGGCGCGAGCUGCGCGGACAGACGUACGCCUACAUGGAGGACCCACGCGUACAGGACGUGACGAGCGGGCCGAACCCGCAGUACAAGGUGCCCAAGGGCGUGCCGGCCGGCGGCAUCACCAUCACGGUCCGGGGGGAGAACCUGCAGUACGUCCGCGAGCCGCGCAUGGCUGUUCAGCUGGAGGGCGCCGAGUACCGCAGCGAUCCGUGUAAGGUGAUCAAUGCCGGUUUGAUGACCUGCCAAUCUCCAGUAAUCAGCGGGUUCCCCGACCCCACCGGCAUCGACCCGGAGAAGCCCAAACUGCUCAACUACGGAUUUCUCAUGGAUGAGGUCCGCUCGGUGAGAAACCUCUCUUCGGUGAGCGGCAACGGCUUCUUUCAGCUCUUCCCCGACCCCGUCUACAAGCCGUUCAGCGAGGAAGACGGCAUCAAGUACUACAAGAGCGACUACCUCACCAUCAACGGGAGGAAUCUGAACUGGGCCUGCAAGGACACAGACGUCACAGUUCGCAUCGGCACCGGCUACUGUAACGUGACGUCACUGUCGCUCAGUCAGCUGACGUGCAAGCCGCCCAAGAAGGCGCCGCGGGCGAUCGGCGCCGACGGCCAGCCGACCGACCAAGAGCCGCCACAAGUUGUGGUCAGUGUGGGUAACAAGCUGAACUACACGAUCGGCCGCCUGUCGUACGCCGGUGCCAACGGCGGCGAGGGCGCCCUGCCACUCUCGGUGAUAAUCGGCGUGAUUGUCGGCGGCGUGGCGCUGCUGCUGCUCGUCUUCAUCAUCCUGAUCCUGUACCGGCGCAAGUCGUCUGAGAGCUCCCGCGUGCUGAAGAACAUGCAGGAGCAGAUGGACGUGCUGGAGCUCAGGGUGGCCGCCGAGUGCAAGGAAGCGUUCGCGGAGCUGCAAACGGAGAUGACGGACCUCACCUCGGACAUCACUGGCAUCGGCAUCCCCUUCCUCGAGUACCGCGCCUACUGCAUGAAGAUCCUGUUCCCCAGUCAGGAGGACCACCCAGUGCUGCAGUGGGCCAACCGGCCCGACCUGCAGCGCCGAGAGAAGGGGCUGCGGCUGUUCGGACAGCUCAUCAUCAACAGGACCUUCCUGCUGUGCUUCAUCAGGACACUCGAGAGCAACCGAUACUUCAGCAUGAGGGACAGGGUAAACGUGGCUUCGCUGAUCAUGGUGACCCUCCAGUCGCGGAUGGAGUUCUGCACGGAGAUCCUGAAGACACUGCUCUCGGAGCUGAUCGAGAAGUGUACCGAGACCAACGGAUCGCACCCCAAACUGCUGCUCAGGAGGACCGAGUCUGUAGCGGAAAAGAUGCUCUCCUCGUGGUUCACAUUCCUGCUGUACAAGUUCCUGCGCGAGUGCGCCGGUGAGCCGCUGUACCUGCUGUACCGCGCCAUCAAGCAGCAGGUGGACAAGGGCCCGGUGGACGCCGUGACUAGCGAGGCGCGCUACUCGCUCUCCGAGGAGAAACUCAUCCGGCAACAGAUCGACUUCACAUACAUGACGGUAUACGUCUCCAUGCCGCCCCAGACCGUCUACGUGUCCGGUCUGGACCCGCACCAGGACAACGUGGACAUCCCUGUCCGUGUCCUGAACACGGACACCAUCAGUCAGACCAAGGAGAAGAGCCUCGACUCCAUCUUCCGGUCGACACCGUUCUCCAUGAGGCCGCGGAAGGAGGACCUCGACCUCGAGUGGCGCAGCGGCACCCAGGGCCGGCUGAUCCUGAACGACGAGGACGCCACCACCAAGCUGGACAGCGGCUGGAGGAAGCUCAACACCCUGUCACACUACCGCGUGCCCGACGGAGCGCUGCUGACCCUGGUCCCCCGUCAGAGCUCGCUCUAUAACCUGAGCAUUUUCUCGGAGAAGUCUGACAAGUCUCAGCACAAGUACGAGACGCUGAACCUGACCAAGUAUGGCGCACAGAGCCCGCCGCUGAGCCGGGCCAUGAGUCCCAGCCAGCAGGAGAACGGCGUCAAGGUGGGAGCAGAGGCGUGGCACCUGGUGCGACACUCCGAGUCGGAGCAGCGCGACGGCGAGCGCGGCAACAAGAUGGUCUCGGAGAUCUACCUGACGCGUCUGCUGGCCACCAAGGGCACCCUGCAGAAGUUUAUGGACGAUCUGUUCGAGACCAUAUUCAGCACGGCGCACCGUGGCUCCGCGCUGCCGCUGGCCAUCAAGUACAUGUUUGACUUUCUGGACGACCAGGCGUUCAAACACGGCAUCAUGGACCCGGACACAGUGCACACGUGGAAGAGUAACAGCCUGCCACUGCGGUUCUGGGUGAACCUGAUCAAGAACCCCAAUUUCGUUUUUGACAUACACAAAUCCAACAUCGUCGACUCGUGCCUGUCGGUGGUGGCACAGACCUUCAUGGACUCCUGCUCCACGUCCGACAACAAGCUGGGCAAGGACUCGCCGUCGAGCAAGCUGCUGUACGCCAAGGACAUCCCCAUCUACAAGGAGUGGGUGACCAAGUACUACGACGACAUCAAGAUGAUGCCGGCCAUCUCCGACCAGGACAUGAACGCCAUGCUGGCUGAGGAGAGCAGGGUGCACCAGCAGGAGUUUAACACCAACUGCGCGCUGCACGAGCUGUACGCUUACGCCGUCAAGUACAGCGAGCAGCUGUCGGCCAACCUGGAGGAGGAUGAGUUCUGCAACCGUCAGAGGCUGGCGCUCAAGCUGGAGCAGGUGCACAAAAUCAUGGCUGGCGAGCCGGACCCCUGACAAUUACAGUCGGGCGUUCUGGAGUGGACCGGCUGGACGGGAGAGUGGCAGUAGACGCCCAUACCGCGGCCCGGCCGCCGCCAGCGCCCCUGGCGGCCGCCGCCGACAACUGAUCUCACAGACCGACUGGCCGCACCCACACUCCGGCGCCCGAUCUAGCAAUCAAAAGGGCCGGGCGAUGCCAAGGAGUCCGCGGAACAGACGCUAGACGAGGAGUCCUCUGGAGUCCGGAGUCCCAGCGCGGCUUGACGUGGCGCUGGUCUAUUGUGAUACUUGCUCUCGAUAUCAAAUGUGUCCUGUUUUCGGUGAUGUGGGGCCGCCGAAGCGGCUGAACCCUCUGCCUCGAUGUAUGGUGUGUGUCUGUGUGCGCGCGUGGCUGUUGCGGUGUCUGUGUGGCCAUGUGGCCGGUCCCUCUCCCUGAACGUGCCUGGCCGUCGCCAACUCGCGGUGUCGCGUCUGUGGGCGGGCGGUCGCCUUCUUCCAUUUGUGUGUGUGUGCGCGCCCGCGCCCUGCCUGACUUCGUUACCCGCGGAGAUGGCCUUUCCGCGCCGGGUAAUCCAAUCUGUCAACAAAGAUCGCCUGCUUUUCGGGAGCUGACAUGAGAAAACAUUAUCUCUAGUGUCACAAGAAGCUGAUUUGUGGGGUUUUAUGUCUGGUCUACGCUUUUUGUCGACUUUUUAUUCCUGAACGCUGCUGAGGAGCGACCGCGCUGUUCUGUAGGCGUUGCGGUGUCCAUGCUUAUCCGAGAUGACUGCUGAGCUUUCAACCGUACCCCUGAGUGUCGCCGGUCGUACCGGGGUGGUACGAGUGUACCCUGCCGUUCCCUGGGCGGGGCACGGCUCGCUGUCGCGUCAUGCUGCCGUGUCGACCGCUGGUACUUAUUGUCCCGAGUCUGUGCCAUCGCCAUCCCGCUGGGACGUUCGUGCUGGCCGCUCCGGCGCCGGAGUCGGUCCGAGUCGGAGUCAGAGUCAGACUCGGAGUCGCGGCGGGCCCGGGGGACGGCUGCCGGCGCGGCGCUGUAUUGGAUGUUCUCAGGUAUGCCGCGUGAGUGUCCGGGAGCGGGAGGGAGGUCGGUGUGUGUUUUAUCAGCGGCAGUCGGCGGAGCUGACGGGCGCCGCCGGCGGGCCGCAGUAACCAGCAUUUAUGUGCGCGCGUGGCGACUGAGUGAUUUUGUAACACGGACGCGGAUUGUUUGUUUUUUAUUGGAUCUAGUCUCACAGCCAAUCCGCGGGGUGAUGAAUUUUCAUGUACAUUGACGGCUCCCUGCGUCAAGGGCGCCGCUAGGAACAUGGUUAUUGUUAUAUUAUGAAUGUAUGUGUUUGUAUUCGUGUACAAUGUACAUCACGCUCAUUGCUAAAAUACAUUUUUAAUGAAUU